AUGCCUGAGUUGGAAGUCCCCGGUGCUACGCUUCACUACCAAGUCGUUGGACAAGGCCCACUCCUUCUCACCAUAUCAGGCGCCAACGGCAGCUAUGAAGUAUGGCAGCCCUUGAGCCACCAUCUCAAAGACCACUUCACGGUCAUUUCCUACGAUCGACGAGGCUUCUCUCGCAGCACUCUUCAGGGUGCACAAGACUACGAACAUAGACUAGACCGAGACGCCGACGACGCAGCCGCUCUCAUCAAACACCUCUCCCCAAACACACCAGCCACAGUCCUCGGAACAUCAUCAGGAGCAAUCGUCUCCUUCAACCUCCUCCUGCGACAUCCCGACCUCAUCGAAACCCUCAUACCACACGAACCACCAGCCGUUACUCUCAAUCCAGACUUCGCCGAACUGAAGCCCAAAUUCCAGGACAUAUACAACACCUACCGCCGCUGGGGCAUCCCACCCGCAAUGCAAGCCUUCGCCGACUUCGCCAUGCUAAGCGAAGGCGAAAAAGCCGAGUUCGCAAAAUCUCGAGCCGGGCUGCAUGUCUUCAGCGAUAUGAUGUACUGGUUCGAGAGGGAGUUCCUCUAUCCCUUUACGGAGUUUAAGCCGGCGGAUUUCGAGCCUUAUAUCACGGAAUUGGUGCCUGUUAAUUCGGAGGUUACCAAUAAGGAGGCGUUUUAUUUUCGGGCGAAUGAGAGUUUGACGAGGGCGUUGGGGUUGGAGUUGCUUAUUUUUCCCGGUGGACAUAUUGGUUAUGCUACGCACGCUGAGGCAUUUGCUAAGGAGUUGCUAGAUAUGCUGAAAGAGAGAAAGGCUACAGAGGGAGGGGGAUGUAUUGAAAAGCAUGAGACAGGACAAGACAAGGGCCUGCAGCAAAGCCGAGGGGAAGAGAUCCACAAAUGA